AUGGGAGACCUUAUGAAAAGACAGUUCAGCAUCUUAGAUUUAUCUGGAAAUAAAUUUCUGGAAUGGAAAGUGGAUGCAAUGAUGAAUUUGAAAGCUCAAGGUUUGGAGCACACUGUUAAAGAAAAUAAAAGUCUCUCUGGUCAAACAACUGAUGCUACCUCUUCUGCAAUGACGGUUGAAAAACCUAUCACUGAACAAGAUAAGGCAAAAGCCUUAGUGUUGUUAAGGCAUCAUUUACAUGAAGGCCUUAAAACUGAGUACAUGAUGGUUGAAAAUCCCAAAGAAUUAUGGGAUUGCCUUAAUGAAAGAUUUGGACACCACAAAAGGGUGCUCCUGCCUAAGGCAUUAUUUGAUUGGACAAAUUUACGGUUCCAGGAUUUCAAAUCUGUAAUUGAUUAUAAUUCAACCAUACAUGAGAUAGUGUCUAUAUUGAGAUACUGUGAUCAUCCGGUUAUAGAUGAACAGAUGAUUGAAAAAACACUCACUACCUUUCAUGCAAGCAAAGAGAAAAAUGCAGAAGCAAAUUAUGUUAAUGAGGAAAAUGCUCCUUGUCCCAGCCUUGAUGUGUCUGAUUAUUUCAUGGAUAAUGCUGAAAUUGGAAAUGAUUUCAUUCUUGGAGAAAACAACAAUACUUAG